AUGUGGAACCAGGGCUGUCGUCCGAUCAUCUUUGUCUGCCACAGCCUGGGUGGCAUCGUGUGCAAGCAGGCGCUAGUUUUAGCCCACGAAGACGAUCGCCGCUAUGGACAAGUACUGAAUGCAGUCAUUGGGGUGGCGUUCCUGGGAACUCCUCAUGGAGGCAGCAGUAUUGCCGAUACUGCGAGCGUGUUCGCAACAAUUAUCAACACGUUCACGGCGACCGCAUCUGCUGGAAUACGAUACAGAACGGCCAGGUCCGACUUGCUAGACCACCUUGGCUCAGACUCCAAGUCGCUGCAGACCCUGGUCAUGGCAGCUCGCAACCGGCUGCAACAUGUCUCCGUCGUUUCAUUCUUCGAGGUCAAUCCGAUAGCUCCACUAUCGUCGCUUAUUGUCGACCAGAAAUCUGCCACCCUUGGUAUACCGAACGAGGAAUCGAUCCCUCUCAAUGAGGAUCACAGGACCAUCUGCCGCUACGCUGGUGCAACGCAGAGCUACAAAUUGGUAGCCAAUGCCCUGAGAAGGAUGGCCACUGCAAGCGCAGUGCCGAAAACAGAACCGCAGAGCCCAGUAACUCAAUCAUCGAUUAGAUUGAAGUUGAACGAUCCUGUUUACGACUGCUUCACCCCAGCACCUUCACUGGUGAAGACGAAGAAGACGUGA